GUCGGAUGUGUAUGCGUCCUCACGUGUAGUUUCAGCUGCGCUGGGCGGGAUUUUAGGUUCCAGGGCCUCACCGAUGGUUUUGAAUGCCACGGAUCACAUUCAAAGCGAGUUUCUCUACUGCGCAUAAGGAUUUUAAGCAAAUCUGUGUGUGUGUACAGCGCAACGCGUUUUGCUCCUUUAAAUCGACAGCACUUUUGAACUCAGAAUUCAAAGCUGCUGUUGAACAGUUUGUGAAACAAUGGACACGAGACAAAGACGGCUGCAGGCCAUGAAAAAGAUAAGAAUUGCUUUAAGAUAAAUACUUAAAAAUGCAUAAAACUAAAGAACUUUCACACAAAAAUAAUGUAUUUUCUGCAUGAAAGUCAGAGCUUCUAUUACAGCUUAGAAGGUGCACAAUUCCUAAUUCCGAGCAAAGCUUCAAACAACUAUCGUCUAUGACACAGUGGAGUAACGUCUGCCUGAUGUGCGCGUUCAAGGGUUAAUCCUGUGAUAUUAGCGCGUCUGCAGUGUGUGUCUGUUAGGGGCCACACUGACCCCGUGUGGUCUGCAGGCUCUGCAACGCGUGGAACGAACCCUCGCUGCCGACCAACACUUCAUUUAUCAUUGCCGUGUGUUUGUUUUGUUUUGCUCACCUCACAGCCGAACACAACCACACCGUAACGCUUAUGGAAAUCAGGGCGUGACUUUUGUUGGCUUUGUUUGGCUGCCUCGCACCUGCCCACAUCUAUUAGGAAAAUCAGGCCCUUAUAUUUUCUUAAACAGUCAAUUGAGCCGCUAGUCACCGUCGGGUCCGAUCCCGACAGAACGCACUCGGUAAGCUCCGACUCUGCAGAAAUCUGUUGCGAUGUUGAACUUUUCCGGCAAUCACUCCGUGGAAGAAGCGGAAUGUACGCAGGUUGUGUUUUUCUCCCUGAUCGACAUCCUCAGCCUCCUCAUUGGACAUCCAGUGAACGCCAAACUGCUGUGGAUCAGCGUCACAUCCAAGAAGACCCUGGAUAUCCUAAAUUUCAAUUUAGCACUCUUCAACGACUCGCAGUACUUCAUCACUUUGCUGCAUCUCAUCUACAUGUUAUCGGCGGCGCAAAACCACCAACAAAUCGCCAACUUUCUCUUGGUGUACGUGCAAAUCGGGGGGCCAAUGAGUCUGUCUUUUAUCUGCAUGGAGAGAUACGUCGCGGUGAUCCACCCCACAUCUUACCCCCUGCUGAAGAAGUACAGAAUCCGGGAGCUCUGUGCUCUGACGGUGUGGCUCUUUGCGUUGCCUUCUGCUCUGGUCGUUGUCUUUGCUCCGGACGUUUUCUCCCAGGCCCACUUGAGUGGGGCGCUUGCAAUUCUGCCCGCAUCUCUGAUGUUGGUCAUGGGAGCAGUGAUGGUGGCGUGCAGCUCCAGGAUCGCGAGGGCGCUGAAGACGUCCAGCCCGGGGAGAGACAAGCUGCACCCUGUGAAGAGGAGAGCCUUCAGGGUCGUCUGUGCCACCUCAGCGGUCGCCAUAUCCUGCUACCUUCCGGUUAAUGCGCUGCAAGGCUUGAGGGCUUGGGUUCCUAGCACAUUAGAAUGUGCGAUCACCGCGGCGUGUUUACUCUUGCUGUGUAUUGCCAGUUUUGUGCAUUCUGUGCUUUACCUCUCCACCCAUUUGAAGCUGUUGAUCUACUUGAAGUCUCUAUGCAAUGUGAAGCGUUCUUAGAUUAGCAAAGCAAAAGAUCAUUUAAUUCAAUGAGAAAGUGUGUCCAGACCUUUGACUUGUGCUGUAGUUCCUAUGUGAGUAUGUAAUGAACAAUUAUCAAUAUAGAUAAAUCAUUAUAAUUAUAUGACAGUACUAAAGCUAAUGACCGUGACAGCAACAACAUGAACGAUUAGAAUAAUAAUUAGUACAAGUAACAAUAGUAUAAUAAUCAUAUAAUAAUGCUAAUAAUAAUGACAACAAUAACUAUAUUAUUAAAAAUGAAUUGUAUUCAAGCCUUUAAUACAAGAAGUGCAGCACAAUAUGUUUUAAUAAAGGACAAUAAAGGAGUAUAGAAAGGAUGAAUAUUGUUGGAAAAACCUGAUCAAUGUUUUCUUUAGUCGACGCUGCUCGCUCUCAGAGAUAUAUCGUGUUGUGUGUGAACUGAGAGUCGAGAGGAUUUGUUUUCAGUGUCCAACUAAUCUCUAGGUUUUAUGUUCUUAGUGCAAAACAAAGUGACCCUCACUCACACAUGAUUAACUCUCUGCUGUUUGAAGAUCUUGUCCAGACCUCCCUGUUUCAGUGUGUGUUAUCUCCACUGUACAUCAUUCGGACACUGGGAGGAAGACCUUUGAUUUGUGUGCGUGUGUCAUUCUGUCACCUGCUUGCAACUAUCAUUAAUAAACGUCCUGUUUAACGAUUUUA